CCCCUGCUUGCGCGUGGUCCCGCCCCCUCAGGCCGCGGUCGCGAUUACGCUCUCUGUGGCCUGCAGUAAGCGGGCCGCUGCCGGCCGAAGACGCAGCGCUGAUCGGGACCGGAGGAGCUCUAGGCCAAAGGGGUGAGCCAGGCAGGAUCCCGGGACCCUUCACCGCUUAAAGCCGGCGAGAGGAAAUGAAACAGGAGGGCACCGGCGGGGAAGGGAGGGAACUAGCGGAAGGUGUCAUGGCGGCCGCGCUCUGGGGUCACGUGCCCCGCAGGCCCGCCUUGGCACUUCCGGUCACGUGCCUUCAGAGUUCUCGCAGCCAGCGAUGGAGGCGAGACCCCCCGGUAACAGAGGCGGUGGCGACGGCGGCGGCUGCUGGGUUUCAGCCUCUUCCCGGCAGCGUCUCUAAGAAGCGCAGCGGAGCUCGACUCGACCCAGCUCAGUAACUUACUCCUUGCCCAAGGCCGUAGCUCCCACCUGCACCUUCUAGCCAUCAUGGCAACUUCAUCUGAAGAAGUUUUGCUGAUUGUAAAGAAGGUGCGACAAAAGAAGCAGGAUGGAGCUCUGUACCUCAUGGCAGAAAGAAUUGCUUGGGCACCUGAAGGCAAAGAUAGAUUUACCAUCAGCCAUAUGUAUGCAGAUAUUAAAUGCCAGAAAAUCAGUCCAGAAGGAAAAGCUAAAAUUCAACUUCAGCUGGUCCUGCAUGCAGGGGACACAACUAACUUCCAUUUUUCCAAUGAAAGCACAGCAGUGAAAGAGCGAGAUGCAGUGAAAGACCUUCUUCAGCAGUUGCUGCCCAAAUUCAAGAGGAAAGCAAAUAAAGAACUGGAAGAGAAAAACAGAAUGCUGCAAGAAGACCCUGUUUUGUUUCAGCUUUAUAAAGACCUUGUUGUGAGUCAAGUGAUCAGUGCUGAGGAAUUCUGGGCCAAUCGUUUAAAUGUGAAUGCAACAGAGAGUUCUUCCACAUCUAAUCAUAAGCAGGAUGUUGGCAUUUCUGCAGCAUUUCUGGCUGAUGUCCGACCCCAAACAGAUGGAUGUAAUGGUCUGAGAUACAAUUUAACAACUGAUAUCAUUGAGUCCAUAUUUAGGACCUAUCCAGCAGUAAAAAUGAAAUAUGCAGAAAACGUUCCCCACAACAUGACAGAAAAGGAAUUCUGGACACGUUUCUUUCAGUCCCAUUAUUUUCACAGGGACCGGCUGAAUACUGGGUCAAAGGACCUCUUUGCAGAAUGUGCCAAAAUAGAUGAAAAAGGGUUAAAAACAAUGGUUUCAUUAGGAGUGAAAAACCCACUACUUGAUUUGACAGCUUUGGAAGAUAAACCAUUAGAUGAGGGCUAUGGCAUUUCCUCUGUGCCAUCUACUUCUAAUUCUAAAUCCAUAAGAGAGAAUAGUAAUGCUGCCAUCAUCAAGAGAUUUAACCAUCACAGUGCCAUGGUCCUGGCAGCAGGUCUCAGGAAACAAGAAGCACAAAAGGAGCAAAAUGGCGAGCCCAGCAACAUUGAUGGAAAUUCUGGAGAUGUAGAUUGCUUUCAGCCAGCAGUAAAAAGGGCGAAGUUACAAGAGUCCAUUGAAUAUGAAGACUUGGGAAAAAAUAAUUCCAUAAAAACAAUUGCACUAAACCUCAAGAAGUCAGAUAGGUAUUAUCAUGGUCCAACUCCAAUCCAGUCACUACAGUAUGCAACAAGUCAGGACAUUAUUAAUUCUUUUCAAAGUAUUAGACAAGAAAUGGAAGCUUAUACACCCAAAUUAACUCAGGUUCUCUCAAGCAGUGCUGCCAGUAGUACCAUCACAGCACUGUCACCUGGAGGAGCACUGAUGCAGGGAGGGACACAGCAAGCCAUAAACCAGAUGGUGCCAAAUGAUAUUCAGUCUGAAUUGAAACACCUGUAUGUGGCUGUUGGGGAACUUCUACGGCACUUCUGGUCCUGCUUUCCUGUUAAUACGCCAUUCCUAGAAGAAAAGGUAGUGAAAAUGAAAAGUAAUUUGGAACGAUUCCAAGUUACAAAACUCUGCCCAUUCCAAGAAAAAAUUCGGAGACAGUAUUUAAGCACAAAUCAUCAGGUCUUAGUUGCAGCACGCGGGAUCUUCGUUGAGGCAUGCAGGAUCUUUCGUUGCGGCGCCGCGGGCUCUUCCUUGCGGUGCACGGGAUUCUCUCUAGUUGUGUUGGUAAGUCACAUAGAGGAGAUGCUCCAGACAGCUUACAACAAGCUCCACACGUGGCAGUCACGGCGUCUGAUGAAGAAAACGUGAAGUGUCCGUGGCUCUCACAGGUUCUUUGAGACUGAGAGAACUGUGACCUGCAGUGACUCUGGAAACCUGGCCUGUCAGACAUGCAGGUGAUCACACAGAAGUGACAAGAAAUAUCUGUACCAUGCCGACUCUUGGAGCUGAUGCUAUUGUACUUGCACAUUAAGAGCUGAAAAGAAGGGAACUAUGAUUAAAAGCUAGGGAGGUAAAUUAAGGCAGAACCAAAAUGAGCUAAGUUGCAAAUAUAUAUAUAUAUAUAUAUAUAUAUAUAUAUAUAUAUAUAUAUAUAUUUUAAAAAGACACUGUUUACAGCAGUUACUCAGGAACUGCUUUUGAUUCACAUUAAGCUGCUUUCAGGAAUCUAAAAAAAAAAAAAAACUUUUUAAAAGGGUGCAUUGAUAAAAUCUGAGGAUUUUUGGUUUUGUUUUGUUAUUGUAUAAAUUUUUUUUCCUAAGUUUAUGGCACAGGGUACACCUUAAGUAUUUCUCCUCCAUCUUCCACUUGUAUCCUUAAGUUUUGCUGAAUUCUAGUUGUACCUUACAUCAGCAAGUUAAAGAGAGUACUUUAAAAUAAAGCAGAGGGAGACUGUUGCUCAGCCAUCCAGAAACAGUUGUAGUCAGAAGACAUCAUUGGUCCUGUGUUUCCUACGGAAAUAAGAAACAAUAAAUAUUGCACUGAAUGUUUGUGGUUUGGAGUCCCUAAAUGAUAAAGAGGGGACAUAUUUGCAGAAAGUCGUGUGGGGUUUUUAUGCAGAAUUUUGUCAGAGGACAAUGCGCUGCAUGUUUUUCUUUGAGUGCAAAUGUACAUUGCUAAGAUUUUUUUUUAAGAUGGCAUGUGCUUUGAAAAGAAAUUGCAUUUUUAAGAGUUUAAAAAUCUUAUGAGUGAGAGAUAUAAGAAAUCUUACUUAUUUUCACCUCUUUAGAAAAAAUAAAAGAUGUUUCUCAUAUCUCUUUUUCUCCAGUA